GACAAAAUAAAAUGAUGAGAACUAAGAUCCAUUAAUCAACCGAGUUUUGAAGACUCGGACUCGGGCCGAGUCAUUACCCAACAAAUGUCACCGGAACUCAAACCCUUAUCGGCGCAAGAAUGGGAAAAUCUAAUCGACGAUUACAACCACGGUGGUUCACGGCGGCUCCGGUGGACUUCCAUCAACUACGCCGCCGUUCCUCUUCUUGACCUCACACUUUCAUCACUUCUCCGGAAAGAUAUCCCUCACAAUCUCAAACUCCAGCUCCUCAUCUUCAUCGAAGAACACUUCAGCACAGACGAGAACGACAUCGUUUCACCUAAUUUCCUCAGCCGUCUCCUCGAAGCCCUCCGGUCAGUAAUCCAAUCACCAAACGACGGCGUUUCAACGUCGUUCGCUCUCAAGGAACAGUUUCUCAUCUCCUCAACUUCAAUUUUCGUUAAUUACGUGGGUUAUACAUCGAGUUGUCUCGAUUCUAGCUUUGUUACUCCUCUUGAAAGUUUAAUUGAGCUUUUGUUAACUAUUAUUAACCGGCCGAAUCAUAGCGUUGACCGGCAAACUCGAUCAAUUGCUUGCGAGUGUUUACGUGAAUUAGAAACUGCUUUUCCUUGUUUACUUUCGGAAAUUGGAUCACAUUUGUGGAGUUUGUGCCAAAAUGAGCGUACUCAUGCUUCCCAAAGCUAUGCAUUAUUGUUAGCAACUGUUGUUCAUAACAUUGCUAGAUUAAAACCUACUGUUUCAUUCAGUAAUUCUUCGACGUUGGUUCCGUUUAGUGUACCUAGGUUUUUGGUUGAUGAAAAUGUUAAAAAUGGACAUUUUCAAGGGGAGUUAUCGGAUUUAAGUAACAGGGAGUUGAGGAGAGUAGUUGCUUUUUUGCUUGAAUGUCCACAGAAUUUGACUCCUUGGGGGUUAUUGGAGUUCAUGGAUAAGACAUUGCCAGUUGCUGCAGUAUUGGAUUUGCAGCCAUCUUUGUUGAAGGUUCAGUUUUCAGGAUUGCUUCAUACAUAUGAUCCAUUGCUAUGGCAUGCAUAUUUAGUUAUGUACUUAAGCUAUAUGGAUUCUUUCGUAGGGCAAGAGAUGGAAAUUGCGAGUCGACUGUUGUUGUUAUCCAAAGAAUCUCAGCAUCAUUUGUUUUUUCGGUUGUUGGUGCUGCACUGGUUAAUUGGGUUCAUAGGGUUGGUAUUGAAGAGGGAUUUUGAGAAAAGGAAGAAUGUUGUUGAUAUGAGCUUGAGCUUUUACCCGUCGGUGUUUGAUCCCCUCGCUUUGAAAUCAUUGAAGCUUGACUUGCUUGCCUAUUGUUCAGUUUUGAUUGAUAAUGACAACGGAGUAAGGAGUUCAAAAGGCAGUCCACAAAUAACUCGGGAAAAGUUAUUUGAAGAUGGCCUUGUUUGUGUAUCAUCUUUUAAAUGGUUGCCUCCUUGGAGUACGGAAACUUCUGUGGCAUUCCGUGCAAUCCAUAAGUUUUUGAUCGGUCAGACAUCUCACUCAGAAAAUGAUUCUAUCUCCAAUAAAAGCCUUUUGGAGCCAGCAAUCUACCACACUGUGCAGAGAUCACUUAUAGACUCUUUGUCGGAAUAUAGAGGAUUGGUCCCUGUCAUUGUUAGCUUCACAGACCGCUUGUUGACAUGUUACAAACAUCAAUUUUUUGGAGAACGGCUACUUAAGACAUUUGAUGAUAACUUGCUUCCAAAACUCAAGAUAGACUACAAAUUGGUAUCUUAUUUCUGUAUAUUGGGAAGGAUUGCUGAGAGUGAUAAAGUUUCACCUAGUGGGUUAAUAGAGCUCCUUACCAAGUUCAUGGUAAUUCUUGUUGAAAAACAUGGUCCAGAUACAGGAUUAAGGUCUUGGAGUCAUGGGAGUAAAGUUCUUGGAAUUUGUCGAACUAUGAUCAUGCAUCACUAUAGUUCCAAAUUAUUUGUUGGGCUGUCUCGUCUUUUAUCAUUCACUUGUCUUUACUUCCCAGAUCUGGAGGUUCGUGAUAAUGCCAGAAUAUACCUGCGGAUGCUGAUUUGUGUUCCUGGGAAAAAGUUAAGAGACAUUCUAAACAGUGGGGACUUGCUUCCUGGAAUUUCUCCAUCUAGCCAUUCCAACUCUUUCUUCAGUGUUCAGUCACCUAGACUUUCUCACGACCCCAAGAAAUCUAGGAAUAUUUCAUCCUGCGUGCAUCUUGAGCGCAUGGUGCCAUUGUUGGUUAAACAAUCUUGGUCUUUGUCCCUGCCAGCCCUGGGAUUUGAUGCCAAGAAACCUAGUUAUAUAGAACCCAUCAAGGACAACGCGCCCCCACGUGAGCAAAGUGAGUUUGACAAAAAUACUGAUGAUACAGUGAUCUCUGAAGCCAAUGGGCACAAUCAGCCACCGGAGCCAUUACGUGUUAUGGAUUCAAAGAUUUCACAGAUAGUUGAAAUCUUGAGGAAACAUUUUUCAUUUAUUCCUGACUUCAGACACAUGCCUGGUGCCAAGAUCAAAAUAUCCUGUGCUUUAAGGUUCGAGUCAGAGCCCUUCAGUCGCAUUUGGGGAAACAAUAUGCCAGCUAACGGAGUCGAUACCCUUCCUGCCUUAUAUGCAACUGUUCUCAAGUUCUCUUCUUCUGCGCCGUAUGGCUCCAUUCCAUCAUGCCAUGUUCCUUUUCUUCUAGGUCAACCCCCCAAAGGUUUCUACUCUUUUAGCGAGACGAAUUCCCUUGAUAUCAUCCCUGUGGAAGAUGUUUCUGAAACUCCUGGAGAUGACAAAAGCUUCAAAGCUCCUGUUCUGAUUGAAUUGGAACCACAGGAUCCAAUACCUGGUUUUGUUGAUGUUUUCAUUGAAACGAAUGCAGAUAAUGGUCAGAUCAUUAGAGGGCAGCUGCAUAACAUUACAGUAGGAAUUGAAGAUAUGUUUCUCAAAGCUAUUGUUCCAGAUGACAUCCCUGAAGAUGCAGAACGCGGUUACUACGUUGAUCUGUUUAAUGCUUUGUGGGAAGCAUGUGGCACUUCAACCAGCACUGGGCGGGAGACAUUUGUACUUAAAGGAGGCAAAGGGGUCGCAGCAAUCAGUGGUACUCGCUCCGUGAAAUUACUUGAGGUUCCUGUGACAUCUUUGAUCCAAGCUGUAGAGCGAUCCUUGGCACCUUUUAUAGUAUGUGUAACCGGUGAUUCUCUGACCAACCUCAUGAAGGAGGGAGGAGUUAUAAGAGACAUAACAUGGGAUGAGAUUCACUUGAGUUCCUCUUCCACCGAUGAUACCAUCGCGGAAACCAGUUUAGUUGGGGGACCCCUUUACCUCAAGUACAAUGAUGAUGAAGAUGAUGGAGGAGGAGGUUAUGUCCAAAUUAGUAAGAAAAACCUAGGCAUUAUUCAGAUUUUGAUAUUCCUUCCUCCAAGAUUUCACCUCCUUUUUCAGAUGGAAGUCUCUAAUACCUCCACACUCGUUCGAAUUCGAACAGAUCACUGGCCAUGCCUAGCUUAUGUUGAUGACUAUUUAGAAGCUUUAUUUUCCUAAAGAAAUUUGUUAUUUACUUGAGAGUCAUAUUCUUUUUCCCCAUAAGUUCACUUUGUGAGCUUGUGAUAUUUUACUCAAUAAUAGGUCUCAUGUAAAUUUGUUUCUCUUUGCAAAAAACUUCUUUGUUAGACUGCAAAGAAUGUAAACGCCUUGUAUAAUGUUUUUGAUGAGAGAUGAAAUGGUGCAACUUUAUUUUUCUUGUGAUA